UUAACCACCUCUCCGAUCUGCUUCGCUUCACACCCCUCUCAUCUCUCCCAUUUCUUUCCAUCCUGUCAUUUCUCACUCAUUGAAUGCUAUAUUUCUAUCUAACUUUGCCUUCAUCCGAAAGCUAAGUAAGAUCUUCCUUCUUCUUCGUUCUCUUCAAUUCAUCCACGAUUGUUGAAAUUCUUUAUUCUGUGAAUCCGGGUUUGUUUUUCUUGAGAUUUGGGAAAAACCCACUUUGUUUUAUUUGCCACUGCUGGGAAAUGGGUUGUCAUGUAGACGAUAGAUUUGCCUGAAUUUUUGUAAAAGCUGUAAUUUGAAUGUUAGAUAUGUAUAGGUGUGUUGGUUUCUUUGUACUUGAAUGUUUUACUUUGACGUGGUGUCUUGCUCUACUGUGAAACUCUUGUACUUACGUGGGCUGAAUGGGCGAACAUUGAUCUGAACUGGUGGUGAAAUUUUGUGAAUCGUUAGUCUGGUACUUGUAUUGGAUCGAUUCUAUAAUGUGUUUGGAGUUGUUUAUAGAGAAAAGGGCUAUUGAAGAUCUUCAAGUUAUAAACUUUUCAUUGUUUUUGGUUGGGAGAUUGUUGAAUGUUGGUAAGCCAAGAUGGUAAAAGAAAAUUGCCUAGUUUCAAGAAUGGUUCUUUGAAUAUACUGGCAUUAUGAAUUGAUUGAGAUGGUGAAUAACUUGAGUAGUACAUCAUUUAACCGAAGGGCAUUGAAUGCUGAAGGCCCCAGAAUUUUGAAUGUUUCAAGCCCCAAAGCUUUGAAUGUUCUAAGCACUAAACCUUUGUGUUUCCAUAGUCCUAGAAUUUAUCAUAACUCAGGUUGGGUUUCACGCUUGUUUCCUGUCCUUGUUCUCGUUGGGGCUUUGCUUUCAUUUAUUAUACUACUUAAUGGAGGUUAUAUAUAUGUUCUCCCUAGUCUGACUCGAGCAUUUCAUGGAUAUGGUGUGUUAAAAUUCAAUGAUUCAAGAAAUGUUUGUGAUUUUUUUGAUGGAAGCUGGAUUAUAGAUGACUAUUACCCCUUAUACAAUGCUUCAGAUUGUCCAUUUGUGGAACAAGGAUUCAAUUGCUUGGGAAAUGGAAGGAAAGAUAAAGAUUAUCUUAAAUGGAGAUGGAAACCAAAAGAUUGUGAUAUUCGAAGGUUUAACGUUCGCAAUGUUCUGGAAAUGCUUCGAGAUAAGAGGAUUGUUUUUGUUGGAGAUUCUAUGAGUAGAACGCAGUGGGAAUCAUUGAUAUGCUUGCUCAUGACCGGAGUAGAAGAUAAGAAGAGUGUUUAUGAAGUUAAUGGCAAUAGGAUAACAAAACGUAUCAGAUUUCUUGGUGUUCGGUUUGCUUCCUUCAACUUUACCAUUGAGUUCUUUCGCUCAGUUUUCUUGGUGCAACAUGGUUGGAUGCCUAGGCAUGCACCAAAGCGUGUUAGAUCAACCCUUAAGUUGGAUAAACUGGAUGAUAUUAGCAAUGAGUGGAUUAAUGCAGAUGUUCUCAUAUUCAACACUGGACAAUGGUGGGUUCCAGGGAAGCUCUUUGAAACUGGUUGCUACUUCCAGGUUGGGAACUCAGUAAAGCUUGGAAUUUCAAUUCCUGCAGCAUAUAAAACGGCAUUAAGUACUUGGGCAUCAUGGGUUGAGAACACGAUUGACGCAAACAGAACACUUGUCUUCUUCCGAACAUUCGAGCCAUCACACUGGAGUGAAAAAUCCCGCAGGUUUUGCAACGUGACUCAGAACCCGUUGUCAGAAACCGAAGGGAGGGAUCAAAGCAUUUUCUCGGAGACUAUAUUUGAGGUGGUAAAGAAUAUGACUGUUCCUAUAGCCAUUCUGCAAGUAACUUCCAUGUCAGCCUUCCGGAGAGAUGCACAUGUGGGUGAGUGGAGUGACAAACCAUUGGUACCUGAUUGUAGCCAUUGGUGUCUUCCUGGCUUACCCCGAUAUCUGGAAUGAAAUUUUCCUUUCGUACCUGCUUGCUGAUUAUGGACUUCCUGCAGUGAAUGGAAAGCAAUAUUGGAUGAGCAAGUACCACCAUGACUGAACUCCCUUCUGCAGGCACCUCUUUGCCGAACUCAACAUGAACACAGAUUGAACAUUCUCAGAUCACAUUAAGGAACCAGUAUGACAAAGUACCCAAAUUUUGCUUUUUACAGGGAUAAAUCAAUUCGCAAGAGAAGCUAGCUGCUCUAUAUAUAUUCAUUCAUUGUGGCCUUUUUCUUACUUUUUUUAACAUUUACAAGAUGAAGGUGGUGAGAAAGUGGCCAAAAUUGGGGUAUUGAGAUGUAACAAACAAGUUUGUACCUUUUCUGUUCAAAUGUCAAAAUUUUUAUGAUUCAACACAUAAAAUAGAUGCAAAAUAUUUGCUGUUGUA